GGUACACAGAGGCCUGCGUUUCUUGAAGAGACUAAGCUAGAAGUUGAGGGGACGUGAGAAGAGCGCUGGCACAAUGCAGUCCUUGUUCUGGAGCCUCGUCUACUGCUUCUCUGUGUCUUCUGUAUCAGCAACGUACAGACUGAAUGAAUUGGACCCUCUUCAGAUUACAGCUCAAAGUCAUGCUCAAAGCAGAAAUAUUGCCCGACCACCGCAGAGGACAUUGAACAUUGCAAUUCCUCACAAUGGUUACAACUACAGAGUUUAUCACUACCGCCAUCAGCCACCACAAAUGUCUCCUCCAGUGGUUUACCAUCACUCCCUCCCGCUUUCUCCACCCAUGACUUACCAAAUACCCUCUGCCCCCUUGCCACAUGGGCCUUACCAUCAUCGAUUUAAAGGGCCAGCACCACCGCAGGUGUACAACAUACACGAAUGGCCUUCUUCACCAGUAAUCCACCACAGGUUCAAAGGUCCCUUCCUACCGCAUAGCCAUCACAAAUUCAAAGGUCCAUUUCCACCGGUGGCUCUCCCAAAGCCUACAGUGCCAACUACACCUGUGGUAUACCUAUACACCACCCUAUCAACUCUGCCAGUGACUACUUUGGGGCCAGUGACGAACACCUUGCAAGUGGUGCCCACCACUCCCCCUCCGCUGACGCUACCGGUCAGUACCCAAAUCGGCAUCAUCACCAGCGUCAGUGCUGUGGAGACAGAAACAGACUCUCAGUGCAGGAGCCGUCCUCUAGACCUGGUCUUCAUCAUUGACAGCUCUCGCAGCGUGCGCCCUGGCGAGUUUGAGAAGGUCAAAAUCUUCCUGGCAGACAUGGUGGACACCCUGGACGUGGGCCCUGAGGCUACCAGAGUAGCCGUGGUGAACUACGCCAGCACAGUCAAGAUUGAGUUUCUGCUGAAGGCCCACCUCAACAAGCCGGACAUGAAGCAGGCCAUCUCCCGCAUAGAGCCCCUGGCGGCAGGUACCAUGACCGGCCUUGCUAUCAAGACGGCCAUGAACGAGGCCUUCACCGAGCCGUCUGGCGCCCGGCCACGGUCCAAGAACAUCUCCAAGGUGGCUAUUAUAGUGACGGAUGGGAGACCCCAGGAUCAGGUGGAGGAGGUGUCAGCAGCUGCCCGGGGUUCAGGCAUCGAGAUCUAUGCUGUUGGGGUAGACCGUGCCGACAUGCGUUCUCUGCAGCUGAUGGCGAGCAUCCCUCUGGAGGACCACGUCUUCUACGUGGAGACGUAUGGCGUCAUCGAGAAGCUCACCUCCAAGUUCCGUGAGACCCUGUGUGGUCUGGACCCCUGUGCCAUUGGACACGACUGCGAGCACAUAUGUGUCAACAGCAACUCCUCCUUUUACUGCAAGUGCCGGAACGGCUAUAUCCUGAACCCGGACCAGAAAACAUGUUCCUUGAAACAGGUGAAAGUGGAGGUCGUUGAGGACCCCUGUAAGUGUGAAGCCAGACUGGCCAUCCAGAGACAGACGCAGGCUGCCCUCCAAGAACUCAAUGCCAGACUAGCUGACAUGACAGGCAGAGUGGAACAGCUGGAGGGGAUGAUGGGUCGUGCAUAGAAGACACAGGGCUGGGUCAGGAACGCCUGAGACCUUCCUGUUAGCGUCACAGCCAUGGACCGUUGCAACACAAGCAUUUAACCUCCCACCCCACCCGUCAUGUAGAAGUCUUCCCAUCUCCUUAUGUGUCUUGGGCUCUUGAUUCCCACCAGAAAAUCUAUAAUGCUUGUUUGUUAAUUAUUUACUGUAUAUGUUUAGCAGUUAACUUGUAUUUGUGGUUGUAAAAGAUAUAAUUUAGUUGAUUGUCUAAUUGAUUUCUAUAAGCUACAUAGGUGCAUAGGGAAUUAUGUUUGAAUGCUGUUUUCGGGAAACCUGAAGUACACACUGUAUAAAAAGUAAUAAAAUAUAUUGUUUGUUUACAUUGUACACAUUGUACAUCUAAGAGUAAAGAAUAUACAAGGGAGGUACAGUUUGAUCUGCCUUUAUAACUGUUUUCAUUCAUAUGUAAUAGCAGCAUUACUGUGUAUUUCAGGACCUACAGUAUGCUUCUCUGUCAAUAUAGAAAGUCAAAUAUCUUCCUCUAGAAAUGAUAUUUCUGUUAAUGCUAUGUUAAAAUGUACUCUGGAUAUAUGACUGAACUGUGUAUCCUUUCAGAAACCUUUGGCUCUGAUUGUAGAAAAGCUAGUCAAAUACCAUCAUCUAUGUACAUAAUAUUCACUAUUCAUUAGCAUUUACGACAAUCGCAUCCUGUUAAAUCAUGCUUUGCAGGUGUCCACAACUCAGUUAAUGUGAUAUAUUAAUCUUGGCAGUGUACCAACCAGUGUACCAACCAGCAAUACUGAAAUGGAUAAAAACUAAAUGUCCUUUUAACAUCUUGGUUGUUGCGAAAAAACAUGAGAACGGUUCACAUGUUCUCUCCAGAAUGAAUAUUUUCUCAUUUGUCAGACACCCACUGGACAGUGGUUAUUCUGUCUGUUAUGUCUGUGUGAGGUACUAGGUCAAUACUCUAACGUUUACCUUAAGUCUGCUUUGGAUCCGUCUGAGUCCUCUCACUGACCAUCAGAUUCCCUUUUGCUCAAAAUGUCAGGGGCUUCAUAUAGUUAUAUUUUUGUCUUUCUCCGUCCAUUAUAAAUCAUUAUGUAUGUCAUACUCCACUGAGACGGAAAAAAAAUUGCUGAUAGUUUGACCUUGUAAUACAAAGUGUUACAUGGCGUAUAAAGUCUACAGCAAUUCAAGUAGGGAUUUGGCAUCCAUCUCUCAAAAUUCAUGGGGAACCAUGACAUAACUGUUAUGGUUCACAGGCGAGUCUCACCUUUACUCUUUCCUUCACAACUCCAACACAUGCCUCACAACCAAAAACAGAUGUUGCAUGUCAUCUGGUAAAAUCUCUACAACAAAUAAGGAGAGCAGCAAAUCCCAAAAUAUAAACACAUGACCCCAACACAACAAUACCAGCUUUAGCGCCUUUUCAUUCACAUACACUCACAUUCUCACACACACAUUAUCACACAAAAACACACAGCAAUGCUUAAUUUCAAUACAAGACAGCAUAAAGGACACCAGAGGUUGUAAACAAUUUUUAAACAAUUUAUUAGGCAAUUUUUAGAUGUCAGGAAUAACAUACAAUGAAGCACAUCAAUAACAAAUCUCAACUGGCUUCAAGACAGACAUUCUGGCAUCUUCACUACUACAUUGUUUUGCAGAUUAAAAUGAUUUUAAAUAUCUUCAUGCUCAUCCAAGUUACUUUAGACUCCACAUAUUUGGCAAUGCCUUCAGGCAGGUUGACCUCCACACCAUAGGCAAGGGUUUGUGUGUCUUGUGAAGGGAGUUUUUUUCAGUACCCCAAAUAUUGUCGUUUGCUGAGAGAAUUAACAUAGAGUGUCAAUGUCCACUCCUGGUCUGCCAGAAAUAAAGCAGCCCCCAAACCUAGGCAACAGCCAGUUCUCUGGUCUCUUC